CUGUUAUGUCUCUGUGACAUAUAUGAUGAGAAGCACACUGAAUAAAGAAGUGUUGUUCCAUUCAAGUCUCGGCCUUACAUGUACUUAGAUCAGGGAAGUACAUAACAAAAGUGGCGACGAGGACGUCUGGACCUGCGUCAGCUUGGACGUGCUGUUUUUGGAGUUUACUGCGGGUCGCGGUGCUCCUGGGGACAGACGGCGCCGACCUCAGCUUCCACGUCGUGACUUCGUGGGGAGGACGAGCGGAGUUUUCAAAAGGAGCUUGAAGGUGCUGUAUAACCAGGCGCUAUGGCGGGAGUUAUCGGCUCUGUUGGUCUUUUUGAUGAGCUUGUGGAACAGUGGAGCUCGUACACAGAGCGGUUCGACUAUUUCGUGGAAGCUAACGAAACAGCGGAAGAGAAAGUGGUGCCCACGUUUUUGAGCGUUAUUGGGCCACAGACUUUCAAUUUACUGAGAAACUUGCUUCAACCCGAUAAACCUGGUAGUAAAACGUACAGGGAAAUCGUGGAAACUCUUAAUGGACAUUUUUCACCCAAGCCCCUUGUGAUAGCAGAGAGAUUCCGAUUUCACAGGAGAAAUCAGGAAGAGGGGGAAUCUGUCACUAUGUUCGUAGCGGCGCUGCGGGAGCUGGCUGAACAUUGUGAGUUUGGUGAUGUUUUUUAGAAGACACAUUAAGAGACAGAUUGGUAUGUGGACUGAGAAACGAAGCGACACAAAAGAAGUUACUCUCAGAAAGUGGACUGACAUUAAAGAAAGCCUUUGAUGUAAGCGUGGCUAUGGAAAUGGCUUCAAAGGAGGCUCAACAACUGAACAUUACGAGCAGAAUACACCAAGUGGCAAGUACCCAAAGCAAUGUUGCUGGUCCCUGUUUUAGGUGCGGUAAAACAGGGCACCUUUCCUCCACCUGCUGGUGCAAAGAAAUGAACUGUCAUCAUUGUGGGAAGAAGGGUCAUGUUGAGCGUGCCUGUCGGAAAAAAACAAGCACAGACAAAGAUAAGGAAAUGAAUGACAAGAAGAAAACAAAGAAAUAUGUCAAAGCGGUAGAGAGUGCCUCUACUUCCGAAGAUGAAAGUGACGUGCACACCGUGCAUGUAAUGAGCGUGGACGGGAAGUCAGGGUGUUACACCAAAGUUAGAGGGUCACCCAGUCAAAAUGCAAAUAGAUACUGGAUCACAGGCAUCGCUUGUGUCUUACCAAGUCUAUAAACAGUGUUUGAGACACCUUCCAUUAAGACCAUCAGACACUGUGUUCAAAGCGUACACUGGACACAAAGUGCACAUGAAGGGAAUGACUGACAUUACUGUGCAAUGCAAGGAUCAAACUGCUAAACUUCCAGUGUAUGUCACAAAAGGGAAUUUUGCUUCCAACAUGGGACGACUGUGGAUUAAUGCACUUCGUGUAAAUUGGCUAGAAGUUCGGCAGCUGUCAGACGGUUCUUCACAACUACAAGUCAUCCUGGACAAGAAUGAAGAGGUUUUCCGUGAGGAAUUGGGCAGCAUGAAGGACAUUACAGUGAAAUUGCACAUUAAACCAGGAAGCAAACCUGUGUUUAUGAAGGCUAGGACAGUGCCGUAUGCUAUUCGUGACAAAGUCGAGGCUGACCUGGAUGCGUUGGUCAAAAGUGGUGUUUUGGAACCAGUCACCACCAGCGAAUGGGCGACACCAAUUGUGCCGGUUCCGAAAAAGAAUGGCGGAAUUCGCACAUGUGGCGAUUUUAAAGUGACUUUGAAUCCGGUGCUUUGUGUGGAGCAGUACCCACUUCCAUUGAUCGAUGAUUUGUUUGCAGGUCUGAGCGGUGGUCAAAAAUUCAGCAAAAUUGACCUCAACCAAGCUUAUCUGCAGAUGCAUGUGGAUGAAGAAUCACGGGAGUGGCUGACAAUUAACACGCACAAGGGACUUUUCAGAUAUUGCAGAUUACCUUUUGGCAUCACAUCUGCUCCUGCUCUGUUUCAACGGGCUAUGGAUCAAAUUUUGAGUGGAUUGCCAGGAGUACAAUGUUACUUGGAUGACAUUCUCUGCACCGGAUCCAACGACGAGGAGCAUCUUCGCAACCUGGAUGCUGUCUUAAAAGGCUAAGGCAGUAUGGUCUUCGAGUGCGCAAGGAAAAAUGUGAAUUUUUGAGACCAUCGGUGGAGUAUCUCGGGCAUGUGAUAGACCACGAAGGACUACACAAGGCUCCAUCAAAGACAAAGGCAAUUGUGGA